GCGGCACCGGGACCGCCCGGCAGCGCCACCGGGACCGCCCGGCAGCGCCACCGCGAACGCCCCGAGCGCGGCGGGGGAGCCGCCGCCCAGCGCAGCCCCGCGCCCGCCGCCGCCGCAGCCCCCGAGCGGCUGCGCCCCAGCUCCAUGAAUGGAAAUCGGCAGCGCAGGACCCGUGGGGGCACAGCCCCUGCUCAUGGUGCCCAGACGUCCCGGCUAUGGCACCAUGGGCAAGCCCAUUAAACUGCUGGCCAACUGCUUCCAAGUUGAAAUCCCAAAGAUUGAUGUCUACCUCUAUGAGGUGGACAUCAAACCAGAUAAGUGUCCUCGGAGGGUGAACAGGGACGUGGUGGACUCCAUGGUGCAGCAUUUUAAAGUGACAAUAUUUGGGGACCGUAGACCGGUUUAUGAUGGGAAGAGAAGCCUCUAUACAGCCAAUCCACUUCCUGUGGCCACUACUGGGGUGGAUUUGGAUGUGACACUACCGGGAGAAGGUGGAAAAGACCGUCCCUUCAAAGUGUCAAUAAAGUUUGUUUCUCGGGUGAGCUGGCACUUGCUGCAUGAAGUUUUGACAGGAAGAACCUUGCCUGAGCCUCUGGAACUAGACAAACCUAUCAGCACUAACCCUGUUCAUGCUGUCGAUGUGGUGCUACGACACCUCCCCUCCAUGAAGUACACCCCUGUGGGCCGCUCCUUCUUCUCAGCUCCAGAAGGCUAUGACCACCCCCUGGGAGGGGGCAGGGAGGUCUGGUUUGGAUUCCAUCAGUCAGUCCGACCUGCCAUGUGGAAGAUGAUGCUCAACAUCGAUGUUUCUGCCACUGCCUUCUACAAAGCACAACCCGUAAUUCAGUUCAUGUGUGAAGUCCUCGACAUUCAUAAUAUUGAUGAACAACCAAGACCUCUGACUGAUUCUCAUCGGGUAAAAUUCACCAAAGAGAUAAAGGGUCUGAAGGUAGAAGUGACUCACUGUGGGACGAUGAGAAGGAAGUACCGUGUCUGUAACGUAACGAGACGACCUGCAAGUCAUCAAACCUUUCCUUUACAGCUGGAAAAUGGCCAGACUGUGGAGAGGACAGUAGCACAGUAUUUCAGAGAGAAAUACAACCUCCAGCUGAAAUACCCUCACCUCCCUUGUCUGCAAGUGGGACAAGAACAAAAACACACCUACCUGCCUUUAGAAGUGUGUAACAUCGUGGCUGGCCAGAGGUGCAUCAAGAAGCUCACGGACAAUCAGACCUCGACCAUGAUAAAAGCCACAGCCAGGUCUGCCCCAGACAGGCAGGAGGAAAUCAGCAGAUUGGUGAGAAGUGCAAAUUAUGAUGCAGAUCCGUUUGUCCAAGAGUUCCAGUUCAAGGUCCGGGAUGAGAUGGCCCAUGUGACGGGGCGUGUGCUCCCAGCCCCGAUGCUGCAGUACGGGGGACGGAAUCGGACUGUGGCAACCCCAAGCCAUGGAGUGUGGGACAUGAGAGGGAAGCAGUUCCACACUGGUGUGGAGAUCAAGAUGUGGGCUAUAGCUUGCUUUGCAACACAGAGACAAUGCAGAGAAGAAAUACUGAAGGGUUUCACAGACCAGCUGCGCAAGAUCUCCAAGGACGCCGGGAUGCCCAUCCAGGGCCAGCCCUGCUUCUGCAAGUACGCCCAGGGUGCAGACAGUGUGGAGCCCAUGUUCCGACACCUCAAGAACACCUAUUCGGGGCUUCAGCUCAUCAUUGUCAUCCUGCCCGGGAAGACACCUGUGUAUGCGGAGGUGAAGCGCGUGGGAGAUACAUUGUUGGGAAUGGCCACGCAGUGUGUUCAGGUCAAGAACGUCAUUAAAACAUCUCCACAGACCCUCUCAAAUCUGUGCCUGAAGAUCAACGUUAAACUAGGAGGAAUCAACAACAUCCUUGUACCUCAUCAACGACCUUCUGUGUUCCAGCAGCCAGUGAUCUUUUUGGGAGCUGAUGUCACUCACCCUCCAGCUGGAGAUGGAAAGAAGCCCUCCAUCGCUGCUGUUGUAGGCAGCAUGGACGCCCAUCCCAGCCGGUACUGUGCCACGGUGAGGGUGCAGCGGCCCCGGCAGGAGAUCAUCCAGGACCUGGCCUCCAUGGUCAGGGAGCUGCUCAUCCAGUUCUACAAGUCGACACGGUUCAAGCCCACCCGUAUCAUCUUCUACAGGGACGGGGUCUCUGAGGGACAGUUCCGACAGGUUUUGUAUUAUGAGCUGCUGGCCAUUAGAGAAGCCUGCAUCAGUUUGGAGAAGGAUUACCAGCCUGGGAUAACCUACAUCGUGGUGCAGAAACGACACCAUACGCGGUUGUUCUGUGCUGACAGAACAGAAAGGGUCGGACGGAGUGGCAAUAUUCCAGCGGGGACAACUGUGGAUACAGACAUUACACACCCCUACGAGUUCGAUUUUUACCUCUGUAGCCAUGCUGGAAUACAGGGAACCAGCCGGCCCUCCCACUACCACGUGCUGUGGGAUGACAACUGUUUCACGGCGGAUGAGCUGCAGCUCCUCACGUACCAGCUGUGCCACACCUACGUGCGCUGCACCCGCUCCGUGUCCAUCCCAGCCCCGGCCUACUACGCUCACCUGGUGGCAUUCCGGGCCAGGUACCACCUCGUGGACAAGGAACACGACAGUGCUGAAGGGAGCCACGUGUCAGGACAGAGCAACGGGCGAGACCCCCAGGCCCUGGCGAAGGCUGUACAGAUUCACCAAGACACCUUACGCACGAUGUACUUCGCUUAAGUCAACGACCCGGGAGACACUCACCGAGAGGAGAACUGAGAACUUAAGCCACAUACAAUGUAUGUUCCCAGGGGGUUGGUUUAGGGGCCGUGCCUCCCAUCGUGCUGGAGCUGACGCUGUGCAGGGGCGAGAGGCUCACCCUUAAAUUGACACGAGGAAGAUUGUUUACUUCAUCCAGGAACACAGCACUAUUAUGCAAUAUGAAACCAGCCAACUGCUUUUUUGGGGCGGGCUCCCGUGGGAAGCACGCCGUCCUUUUUUUUUUUUUUUUUUUUUUAAUUAUUAUUUCUCGUAGUUUAACCCUCUUCUGCCUUUACCUCAAGUUGCUCGGCAGCACAACUAUUGUUGCAAAAAAAAAAAAAAAUAGUAAUAAUAAACUAAAAUCUAUUGUGGAAUUUAAAACAAAAAGCAAACCACCUUUUAGGAACAAUCACAGUGAUUGUUUGGAGGGAGGAAAGUGUGCAAAAAAAAAAGCAAAUAAUUAAGUUUUUAACCCCCAUGCAUUGAGGAAUCCUCCCAGUAUUGCCAUCGAGCAUUCGAAUGUGAACAUGUCCGAGUGCUUUGGAAUGUGCAGCACUAGCUAGGAAACAGAGAGGGGGAAGUUUUGCACACUAAUCCAAUGAUUUGAACCUAAUUUAGCCAACGGCUGCCUUUGUGUCUUUUCUCACAGCUUUGGAGUUCUCAGCUCCAAGAGUUCCCUUUCAAAAGCAAUCCAAGAAGCUCGUGGUUCAUGUGCAGGCAGUAGUGACCCAACUCUUCUUGCUCCCUGGGGAAUUUACUAAAGCUGCUGUUUCACCUAGUCCAAAAGUUUCAAUUUUUUCCUAUCUGGCAAGUCCAAUCUGUUGAAGCUUCACGUGAGAUCCAAUGUCCCAGGUUUUCUGGGAUGACACAGUAACCACCAGAACUGAAACUUUAGAGCUAAGGUCUUUUUGGAAAAAAAAAAAAAAAAAGAAACCUGCUAGUUUACUUGCUGCCUCUCACACCUUAAUGUGAUUCAUAUGUAUGUGUGUUUGAAGUUUAGCUUCCUUUUGUUUCUUUUAUAUUUAUUAGAGUAAUAAUAAUGCUUUAAUUUAAUUAUUACAGAACAUAUGGUCAACAUCAACUUUUAUUUUUUAGAAAUGUAACCAUGUUUAUUUUUAAAAAAAGAAACUGACAACUUGUUUUGCUAUCUUUUAGUGCAAUAAGCGUUCUAAAGAAAAAACUGUGUCCAUUGAGCUGUACUGAAGCAGUGUCUGUACCACGGACCGUGGGAGAAUGGACACCUCCAGGAUUUUAAAAGGACAAAGUAAAAGCCUUAAUUUUGAAAGGAAAGUUUUAUAGUCAGAAGGAAUCUUGAAUUUUCCUUUUUUAAAUCAAAAAAAAAAAAUUUCAAAAAUGCUUCUAGACUUCUGCAAGCUUUACUUGUCGCUGCAGUCUUUUGAUUUAACAAAGGAAUUGGCCUUAUUUUUGGCUUUGAAAUGUGGAGCAUAUUUGAAUUAAAUGGAAAGGGUUUUGUAUUAAGAUCUCAGUUUUUACAUGCUUAGUUAAACCUAUUUGACAUCAGUAAAACGUCUGGAAUUAAUAAAAAGUUUUUAGGCUUUUUUCCUCUUUGAUAAUGACUUUCCUUUUAAAAUUAAGUUAUUGGUAACUUCAUUUCACUUCGCAAAUAAAGAGGGCUGGGAUAGUUCUAACAUGUUAAAUCACUGAAAUGUGAAACAAACCGAUGGGACUCUUUCAUUCCACUUUAAAACCAAUGUUUAAGAUGUCAGAGACAAGCGUUUAUUCAACGAGGGGACUGGGGAGUUUUGCACUUUGUAAACUCGUGAACUGCAUUUUUGACUGUUUUUAUUUGCACUGGUUCAUAGUGUAUUUACUGCAGAUGUUUGUAUGGGCAUUGCUGUGAUCCCAGCCCUCCUGACCUCCACCUGCUCUCACAUGAAAACCAGUGGGUUGGUCUAAGUAGCUUCUCUCCUCUUUCUCACCAAAUCCACUGUUUGCCAAUAUACUGUAUUUUGAGCCUAAAAUCUGAGCCCGUUUUGCUUCACCAGGCAUGAACCUCCCUUUUUUCUGCCAGAAAACCAAGUACUGUAUUUUGUGCAUUUGUAUAUUGUAUGGAAAUGUCCGUAGUGCUGCUCACAACUGUCUGCAAGAGCUUUACUAACAGUUAGUGUAGAUACUUAUUUUACCUCCCAAAAUCAAGGAAAAUAAUGGAAACAGACUAACUUGGCAACGUUAAAAUUGCACUGAAAACAGUCAUGAGGGUGGGCAGUGGCUGGGGGUGCUCAGAGAGGAGGUGUGGGGUGGCUGGGAGGGUUCAGCAGAUCCCAAGGGAUCAGAACCCCUGGAGCCAGGGCUGUUCCCUCUCAGCACCUGCAGACAAGCCUGGUGCAGGGAGGUGGUGGGGCAGAGUCCUUUGAGCAAGGUGGUUUCUCAGUAAGUCUCUCAGAUGUUUUUCCCAGUCUGUGACCUGACAGUUUUCUCCUAAAGCUCUCUACCAGUGCCGCUUGUAAAAGGUUCAGCUUAGGCUUUUUACAGAAAUUUGUUUUAAGGUAAUCUUUUUUAAAAAAAUUCUCUGUUUUACAAGGAGUUCUUGCGGAGUUCUGGCAUUUAGGUGAAAAUUCCUUUUUACAAAGCCUUUUGACUCUCCUUUCAAAGCUGCUGGAUGCUUCUCAUGCCACCCACGCUCGGCAACUCGGAUUUGAGAAGCUUUUUUGCUCGCUACUUUCACCAAAAACUAAAGAACCUUCACUGGCAAAGUGACUUCAGUUGUCAAGGUAACAUUGUACCUGGUUUUCAUGUGAAGAGUAUUUGGAAGUUUUAAUCUCUCUUCUUGGUUUUGCAAAUAUCUACGUCAAGUGCCGAUACUUCUUUGUAUUACGAUAUCAAGUUACUGACGUUGUGAGGGCCACACAUUUAUGAUGCUGUAGCUGCUAUAUUUAUUUAAAUGGAGAUGGACAAUUACUGCACUAAGGAAUGAGGAGAAAAGCAAGGAAUCAAGGUUAGUUAGAUAUCUUGGUUUUUUUUCAAAAGAGAAUUAAUGGUGUGAAAUAUCAAGUGUAACAAAGGGUGCUGUCAUUUUAACUGAGAUUAAAUAGCCAGAUAUUCUUCUUUUGUUUAAAAACAUAUAUAUUUUGAUGUUUGCAGUUUGGGGGUGGGGGGUCGGGAUAAAUGGUACCUCAUCUGUGGUGGCAGUUUCCAGUAUAUUUUCAGAGUAUAUGGAUUUCUUUUAUUUUUGUACCUGCUCUCCUUUAAAAACUAAAAAAAAAAAAAAAUCUCAAAUUUUAUGUGCCGUUUGAGGAAACCUUGAGUGGCACAGCAGGUCCCCCCUCUCCUGGCUGUGGAUAGUCCAGAGAGGGAGGUGGGCACAGGCUGAUGGUUCUUCUUGCUUUGCAGACACCGGGUUUAUGCCUGUCGGGAAAAGCAGUUCCCGCCUCCUCAGACACUGAGACCUCACUUGUGCUUAACAAGUGCCACUGAGAGCUCCCGUGGAGGGAGCAGCCCCAGGGCUGGGCCAGGAGUGGCUGUAGGGUAUUGCUGGAAUGGUGCUGGCUGUGGGGAUGGAUCCUGGGCUGCUGUCAAUGCCCUCCUCACCUGGGGAUGGAUCCUGGGCUGCUGUCAGUGCCCUCCUCACCUGGGGAUGGAUCCUGGGCUGCUGUCAGUGCCCUCCUCACCUGGGGAUGGAUCCUGGGCUGCUGUCAGUGCCCCUCCUCACCUGGGGAUGGAUCCUGGGCUGCUGUCAGUGCCCCUCCUCACUUGCUGCCAGCUGUGCCGAAACCUGCCAUCAGGCCACUGGUAGAUCCGGAGUUGGAGGGAAUCCUGGAACGUUUUGUGGUCGAGGCAUUAAACUUGUGACAUCUGCAGACAGAAGGAGUGACUCCCUAAGUCGCCUUUUCUCCUUGGUAGGGGUUUCAGCCGUGGCCAUUUGACUCAGGAGCGCUGUGUCACUGUUCAGUGUGUCAUCUGGUUACACGUGUCCAAAAGUUAUUUUUAUAGGGUUCAUUCCAGCAUCCUUCUGGAAGUUUGUUUGGCCACGGAAAUGGUUUUCAGGAGUUAAUGGGUUUCUGGAAGCUGUCAGUCAAAUUAUUUCAAGAUGCUCUUGGUCCUAAAUGAUUUUCACUCAUUCAUGUAUGAAUUCUUGUCCUAAAAAAUGCUCAGCAUGAAAUACCAGAUAGUCAUCUGCUGUACAAAUUCCAGCUACAAAUACUGGUUUUCUACUAGUCUUAAAAUUCACUCUGGUGAAAUUCCAAGCUUGAGCUUGAGGCCUUUUGUUUUUCUACACUUUCUUCAUAUCUUGUCCUGUUCUGAUAUUUUCCCUGUUUUUUGAACUGAGGGUUUAGAACCUUUCUCGAAGCACUUUUAUAACCAAGAAAUCAGAAGCUCAGAUUAUUGUGUACGUCAGACCUGUAAAUUCAGUUUUCAAAGGUGGUUGUUUCUCAAUGGCCAUCGUGGUCUCUGGUCAGGCCAGGCUGAUGCUCUGUCCCUUUCAGUGCCGUGGGGCUUUGUGGCUGCUGCUGGCAGAUUGGUUGGAUCCAUGGAAAAAAUCAAAGGGAAAGAUUCCUGUCUUUUUCUACCCAAAGAUGGUACUUUAGGUUGAUGCUGGGUGUCAGAAUAUCGUUUUUAUUUUGGCACGUGUUGAAAUCAAACUUCACUUAGCCAAUUCACUCCUGGUUUUUGUACAGUAUCACGGUUGGAGUUUUGUACAAUAUCACGGUUGGAGUUUGAGCUCGUCAAUGCUUUUUGCUGGUAGAAGAUUUUGUACUCUCUGUAGUUGAGGUGUGAGGGAGAUGGAGACAGGAUCCUACAUUUUACCUCCCGAGCAGAGUCUUAACAAUCCUGAUCUGUGUGACACUAAAACCCAAACUGUGGUCCCUGAGUAGGCAAAGGUGCAUGUGGAGGGGAAGGAGUUGUAAGGGAGAGGCUUGUGAGGGAGAACAUCAAAGCAUCAGUUUGGCAUAAAUGAGGGUGUGGGGGAGACUCCAUCCAUCUUUCCAUCCCACAUGCCCUGGCCUUUCAGAUCCUGUCUGAGGUACCCCCCCACCUGCUCCGGAUCGUUACUGUAGGGUCCUUUUCAAACAAAGCAGUUCCACUGUUUCCAAACUUGGAGUGACUUUUUUUUAUUUUUUUUUCCAAGCAAGACAGUCCUCAGAAAGUGCCUUUUUAGAAGAUGGUGCUGUAGAUUUUUAUUUUCCAGUUGUACGUGGCUGCAAAUUUAAGAUAAAUUAUUGAAAAAUGCCAAGUGUUUGAUGGUAUCUUUUAGGUACUCUCAAGCAUCAGCUUCUCUGAGUCAGGACCAAGAAUAACCAGGAAGGUGUUUUCCUUUGGAGGGAGAGGCAUUGAGGAGCGAUCACCAAACUCAGCUGGUAGGCUGGGCUUGGGCUGGGUUUGGUCAAUGUGAUUUGCCUCUUCAUAUUGAGGGGGUUGGGGGUGUGGGGUGUGGGAGAAGCUCUGGGGACGUGGUUAGUGUCCAAAGGAAUCCACAGCUACUGGAGGAUGUCAUCUCUUAGGGGUAGAGACAUCCCAAAGAUCAAGACAAACUGAAAGGUGUCUUAGGAGGAUGUCUUAAGGAUGGCUUAGGAGAUGGUGGGUCCUCUCAUGGCUUGUGUGUGUCCAGGAGGGAUGUCAUGGACCAGUGUGUCCUUGUGAUUCCCAGCUGGGAGUUGGGUGCUCUGGGCAGGAGCGGGUUGGGGGGUGGGUGAUGCCAUGGAGGGGGUGGGUUCCUGGUGAGUUUGGUGAGCGUUCCUCCAGUCAGGAAAAGCUGUAGACUAGACUAUUAAAACACUGCACCUCAGUAACCUUGUAAUGCUGCAUAAAGUAAUAAUAAUAGCAAAGUUGUGCUUUGAUGACACUGUAAUGUGCUUGCACAUGCCUGCAAAAAACACACACUUCCCUUUUUCCUUUGGUCUGAGUAGCAGUUAUGGGACUUUUCUUUUAUGAUGAGCCUCGUUCUUUCUUGUGAUAUUUCUGUAUAUUUAUUGGUGGUCUGUGUGCAGCUCAUAGGUCUGUGUGUCUGCUCUGUGUGUUGCUUUUAACACUUUAUUUUUGGGCGGGAGAAGUUUCUGAAUGUUUUGGUUUUCUUCUCCAAAUUCAGCUUAACCAGUCGUGUUUGAGAGGAGCCACAGACAGAGGCUUCAUUGGUACCUUGUUUCUUUACAACUAAAAUGAUUUUGUGCAUUUUAUUACUGUUUAUAAUGUUGGGCAUUUAAGAUGUGGAGUAACUUGACAUCAGUCAGGGUAGGUUUGAAUAUCAGGAGCUUCAGCGCAGAACUCACUGAGUAAUCCCAAGUGGUAUCUUUGCAGGAACGUGUACAUGUCCAGACAUUUUCUGGGAGCAAGCAGAGCUUCUGGACAUCAUCAGUGGAAUGUGUAGGGUCCAGAGUGCCAGCGUGGGGCAGUGCUGGGUGCUCACACCUCCUCGUGGAGGGGACGCUGCGUGGGGCCCGCGCGGUGCAGCCCCUGCUCCGCUCCCCAGACACAAGUUGACUCUUUUUGCUCUGUAAUUUCUUCUGAUUGAUUCAACUUUGAGACAUGAGCCAAUGUCUCUUGUAGUUUGUUACCAACUUUCUUGUCUUAUUACAGUGCCCAAUGCCACUGUGUUGGUAUUUAAGCUUGCCAUGAUGUUCAAUUGUUUUAUAUUCCCAGUUUCUUAGUGUUACUAGAGUAGGGUUUAGAAAGCAUUUUUGAGUCUAAGUUCUGAGCCAAAACUGUGUCUCCUGUCCUUUUUAGUAGUAGCUGUUUUUAUCUUUUAGACUAAAAAGGGCCAAAAAUGUUGCACCAUUAGCUUGUUUGCAGCAAUAUUCUCCAUCUCCUCCCUCGCCUGUGAACCGGUUUGUUUCUCUCUACAGUUAGCUAAUACUGGAGCUGUUGAAAUUUAGAAAGAAGUUGCUGCCUUUUCUUUCUAUCAAAAGAAAUGAACUUACACCUGACAGAGCAGGUUUCUGUUGGACAUAAAUCUCUUACCUUGGUAUCAAUGAGCUGCCGCACACGAGGUUUAAUUCCAGCAGAAAUGUUUCUGUUUCAGCCAUUUGAAGGUGUAUGAUGAUGUAAAGUAUCCAAAUUAAAUAGGAGCUAAUAAACCACUAAAAAGAGACACUACUAAAAUACUUCAAAUUAAAAAAACCCCUACAACUAAACAGCAAACCAAACACCCCAAGGAGUAGCUGUGGGUGGACAGGGAGAUGGAGAACCUGUGGGACAUUGAGAUCCUGCAGCUGCUGGGGCAGCUCUGCAAGAGGAAGAAAGGUGUUGGAAAGAGGCAGCAAGAACAGACUGAAAGUAGCAGAUCCCAGUAGAAGUUGUUCAAACUGCUCUAAAAAUCGUCAGGUGGGAGAACCUAAAUGGGAUGUUGAAGCUGAUGAAGAGGCAGCAGAACCUUCUUUGCUUCCUGUAGUAAAGAAAAAAGCAAAACUUGACAGCUGAUGUUUUCCUUCAGUACCUGAAGGGGCCUUUGAUAACCAUGGGGAUGAACUUUUAGCAGGGCCUGUUGCCAUAGGAAAAGAGGUGAUGGUUUUAAACUGAAGGAGGGUCAGUUCUGAUUAUAUCUAAGAUGGUUUUUAUCAUGAGGGUGGGCAGGCCCUGGCACAGGUUGCCCAGAGAAGCUGUGGCUGCCCCAGCCCUGAAAGUGUCCAAGGCCAGCUUGGACGGGGCUUGGAGCAACCUGGGCUAGUGGAAGGUGUCCCUGGGUUGGAACUGGAUGACACUUAAAAGGUCCUUUCCAACCCAAACUUUUCUGAUUCUGUGAUCACAUGAGGAGAAAAGCGUUUUCCUGCGUGUUUUAGCAGUGCCUGUUCUCCUCCAGGGCUGUGCUGUGAGCAGGUGGCAGUGCCUGGAACGCUGCACCCUGAAAUCAAACUGUGGUUUAUCCAAACCUUGAAACUCCUUUACUUGGAUCAGACCAGGUGCAGGUUCCAGUUGCUUCUGAGCAAUAUCUGACCCCUCCGUCCGACACAGAAGCCCUGACAGAGUCCUGGCCGCCCUGAGGUGUGUCUGGCUCCCAGGAACAGCAGCAGGCAGGUGCAGAGGUGAUUUUGCUGUAGCACUACAGUUGCUCUGCUCCUCCUCAGCUCUUGCCCACCUCCCCAUUCCCUGACCGGGGUCACUCUCCCUCCCCUGCCUGUGUGGAAUUAGCCAUGUUGAGGAUGCUGUAGCUGUGUGGAACACAAACUAGCUCUGGGGUGACCAAAGCCUGGAGAAAUAAAGGACUGGGUAGGAGGUGGGUGGGUGUCGGGUGAGCUGGGAUCAGCUCGAGCCCUUCAGGGACAUUGAUGGGGACGUCAGCCCUGAGCCUGGUGGUCCUGAGCUGUUUGUGUUGGACUUGAACUCACUGAGAGCAAGCAUGUGCCUUUUUCUGACCAGGAACGGAGCUGGAAGAACCUGUGUUUGCAUUGGUAGGAUGGUUAGUGUUUUUCUGGAACUGUUUUUAAAGGUAGAAGUACUUGGUCAGAAUGGAGUUGGUUUUGUGUUUGAAUUAUUUAAUCAAAGUGAGCCCUGAAUUAUUUAUGAAUUAGAACUACCCAGAGAGGAGAAGCUUUUAAAAUAAGUGGUUUCUGAAGAACAAUGUCAUCAAAUAAACCUACUUCCUGGUAGACUUGCAAUUUUUUAAGAUAAAAUUUAACCUUGAUGUGUUUAUCUUAAUGAAAAUCAGUAAUUCUGCCUUUAUUUGAAUGUUGCCUGUCCAGUGAUGUCCUCACUCUUUACUGUGCUCCUGCAGCUUUCCAUACACUCCAUCGCUUCUCCCCUCUCAGGGAUGUGGGGAAUGUUGUCCAGUGAAUGUCGGGGAGCAGUGCAGAGCUCUGGUUCAGUGGGAAUGUGGAGCUGAGGGUUAAACAUCACAGAUAAUUCCUCAAGAAGCAGUUUGCCAACAGCAGGGGGUGGUGGUGUCAGGGAACAGAAUUGUGUGGUCGCUUGGGUGUGGAAAGAGAGACAAAGGGUGUGAGGGGAGGAACAGUCCCUCAUCCUCUGACACCAGCUACCUGUUGUAGACAGUGUGCUGUGCAGAAUUAGAUACCUGUGUCCUUAGAUGCCAGUUUGGGCUUAAAGCUGCUACAAAAAGUGGAUUUUCAGACCAAAGUGGAACAGUUUUUCCAACAGGUCCUAUUUGAUGCAGUUUUGAGAUAUUGGUGAGUUUUCCAGCCAGGAGCUCCAGUACCAGCUGGCUCUGGAGCAAGUUCCCUCUCUGACCUGGGGGAAACGACUCUGCCUGGUUUCUCAUCCAGAAGAUGUUUGUGGUGGUUCAGGUCACCUCAUGAGAGUGAGUUACUGGGUGUUCUGAGGGUGAACUGUGUCGUGACAGUGGUAACUGCUUGACACAAACCUGUGCACCUCUGCCCGUUUGCCUCUUCAGUGAGACUGGUUCUGUUUGGAGCCUGAGCUCUUCCCUUCCCUCCCAUCGCAGCUCUGCCGAGGCAAAGGUCCUUGGGGUCGAUCCCAUGAUGUUUGACAUGCUGCUUUCUUUUUUAAAUAAUCUAUUUCUUGUAAAACAGUCAGAGGGCAAGUUUAUUUAAAUGAAGGGGCUUUUUUCAUUGCUGGGAGGUAUACAGGUAUUUCAAACACAUUUGGCAGUUGAAAAAUUAACACUGUAACACUAGCAACACAAAUACACGACUGUGUUGUGUUUAGGGCUAUGCUGGCCAAUAAAUCAUAGAUCCACAACCCAUUUACGUACAGGUGUGCAAAAGUUAGCUUUUAAAAAUAGUUACUAAUAAAGUUUCAUUAUGCUUACACUUGCAGAUCUCAUAAAUAUCUUCAAAACUAGUUUCUUUGAUAGAAAAAUCCACAUCUUGCUGGUUAGUGUCCACUCAGACAUAAUAGCAGUGAUGCCCACUGGAGCAGUGGAGAAUUUUAAAGAACUUUUGGAAGUUUUGGAACCUGAUGGAGUGCCAGCAAAGUGGAAACUUAAGUAGUGCUCCUCAGGUAGCGAGGACGAUUGAACACCGACAAAACUCGGUGAGAGGAAGCAACUUUGCAGUGAAGAAUGGCUUCUCCUGGGUACUCAGUUUUGUACACCACUCCCCUCCUGUAGCUGUAGUGUUUAGUUUUCUUUGACUUGACUUCUGUUUUGCAGCGAAACCUUCUGAUUUUUGCAGAUUUCAGUGUUGAAUCUCACCUUGAGACGACUUCAUGUUGUUUCCUGUAGGAAAACCUGCUUCUAGCUCGUUGCGUUCGGUGUCUGUUUGCAGGCAGGUGUGGAAAGGGAGCUGCAGCACAGCAGUGGAGCUGGCAGGGUGAGUUUUGGGUCGGAAAUGUUGGGUUUACAGGCACUGGUGUGCGGAUCAGCAUUCCACGGAUGCGGUGGCACUUUGGGCUCACAGGGUACAGACCCUCCUGUCUGUUGUUCUUGUCCCUUCCCUUGGUGCGAGUAGUUCAGCUCCCCCAGGUAGCCUCAUGGUGGAUAAAUGGUGCUUGUUGGGGAAAAACUGGGCUGUUUACCUGGCUGGAGGUGUCUGAUCAUGCACAAGAACGUUGUCCUUUAGAGCUUUCACAGUAAUCAGUAGCAUUUGGUAUGAGCCAAUCUUAAAAGGAUCUUCAGGAGGAGGUGGCUCAGGUGGCAUUGUGUGUGCCAUACACAUUGUUGGCUAGUGAGCUGGGUUAGUUCUGGAGACUGCUGGAAGCGAUGUUGUGCAUAGAAAUCCUACAUAUUUAAGAUCACGUGUUUAAAUUGCUAAGAAAAAAAAAAAGAAAUCGUGCUGUUUGGGAUUUCUUUUCCGAAUAAAAUUCUAAUAAUCCAGCCCGGUGGAUUGAUCCCCUCCCAUGUGUCUGCUCUCUCUCAUAUGCUGGUAACUGCUCCCCUGUUUUGGUGUCCCCUUGCUUCGGCAGGAUCGUGAAUGUGUUCCCACUGCAAAGGUCCUGGGGGCUUUCGAAGCAAAAGGGAAUUGUUUUCAAGAGGAAAGCAGAGCUGUGACUUGCACAAAUAGAUUGUAGAUGGGUGGCAAACAAACUGGUAAAAGCCUUUAUUUUUACUUAACCAUCUUGACCAUGUGUGCCUCUUUGUACCGCGGGCGUGGGCUGCAGCCGUGCGGGGUGGGAGGGAACGUGUCGGUGUUUGAGAUGUACUUGCUAAGCAGAAGCCGUGUCCUCUGCCCCUUCUCCCUUUCCGGACGAAUUGUUCUUGCCAAAAUUUUCUACCUGUUGCAAGAGUUGCUUUCUUUCCAGCACAGUAAAAUGUCGACUUCUUUCACUGUUCCUUCCCUCUCGUAGGCAUCUGUAACCUCUGUACGACUGUGUAUAGGACACAGCAGUCAUCGAUCUCUGCUGGCUAUAGAUACCAUCAACUUGAGUGUAUUGUAAGCGAACCGUAUUCAUUUGAAAAAUAAAUUUUUUUUUGAAAUGCA